AUGCCGACUUCUCAGGCAGUUGGAACAAAUGGCGAACAACGACACGCCUACGCAAUCACGGACGAACAAACACCGCUUCUCCCUCACCAUGACAGGCGCAAGGCGGCCUCCGCGGCAUCGAGUCGAUCCAUCUCAGCAUUUCUGCGCGCUCAAGCAUUCUCGCCUCUGCCAGCCUUCCACUCGGAUAGCGAUCCACUGCCAUCUGCCUACUUGCCGCCACUAGUGCUUCAAUGUAUCAUUACGGGCCUUGCUGAUGCCAGCACCUUUACGCUCACGCGAACAUGGGUAGGCUUCAUGACGGGCAACAUGGUGCAGAUGAUUAUCAACACUUGUGAUGUCCUGUUGCCCUCUGACUCGAAUGUCGACGGCGGUGCUGAGACGGUGGGCGACAAGCUCCGGUCCAACAUCGGCAGUCUUGUGGGCUUUGCUAUUGGAUGCCAGAUCACUGCCCAUGUGAUCCAGCGUCUAGCUACCACCCGAACAAAGCGCAUCGCCCUCGUGCUCUUCUCCCUCUACCGAUCGGUCGCAACUCUGCUGAUCAUUCUGUUGGGCAUCCGCUAUCCAGCGUUCCGUCUGAGCGGCUCGUUGGGCUGGCUGGUCAUCAUGAUCCUCGCCUCGAAUCUGGGCGGUCAGUCGACCUACUCGACCAGCCUCGCCACGCCGUUUUCCAACACGGUGGUGUUCACAGCCACACUGACGUCUGUGUCCUCCGACCUGCUCUUGACGGAACUGCAUCUGAGUUCAUCCAACAAAAUCAAGCUGCUGAGCAUCUUUGGUCUUCUCGGCGGUGCGGCCCUGUCGCAAUUCAUCCUCAAGGUGGCGACCACCGCCACGAAGGGCGACCAGCACGAAGCGGUGGAGCGUGCGCUAAUCGUGCUGUCUGCGGCAGAGCUGCUUUUGGGCUUGGCCUGGUUCUUGUGCGGUAUUGUUGACAGCUGGAGGCAAUACCGAAGACGCUCCUCGGAGUCGACAUCGAAUGGCCUAGACGAGCAGAACGAGGAUCAUCUUGAUUAG